AUGGCCGGCGGCGAGUCGCAAGAUGAACGCGAUCAAAGAGUCGCAAGGCUCUGGACACGCCUCGGCGCCAAAGAGCGGGAUCACUUGGAUUACAAUGGGCUCAAGAAGGGUCUGAGGAAAAUCGAUCAUCCUCUGAAGAAUGCGGAUACCAUGCUGCGGAAAAUCUUCCGGUCGGUCGACACGAAUGGAGAUGGUUUCAUCGAAUACUCUGAGUUCCGAGACUUUGUCCACCGCGCCGAGCUUGAGCUCUGGCAGCUCUUCGUGAGUAUUGAUCACAACCGUAAUGGGGAAAUCGACAAGACCGAGCUCAAGACUGCCUUUUCCAAGUCUGGCGUCACCGUAUCAAACGCCAAGCUCGAUGAGUUCUUUGCCGACGUCGAUACGAAUAAUGAUGGCGUUAUCACGUACCCGGAGUGGAGAGACUUCCUCCUCUUCCUCUCCGGCUAUUCGUCCUUUGAUCUGCACGCCGUCCUGUCAUACUACACGGCCACGGGCAAUCUAAACCCGGAAGGAGAUGUCCACAUCAACGAUCUGCAGGGUUUAGGUACAGAGCACUCGUUUCUUAGACGUUAUAUUUUGGCCAUCAGACACGUUUUGUACACUAUCCUCCCAGCACCCAUCUUGACAGCCUUGAUCCCGCCAGCUUAUGCCGAGACUCCCGGGCUUGCACUACCCCCGCCUGCGCUUGAGCAUGACUCCGACCUGGAAUUGGAGUGGCUGCCCAUACCCAGGACCGUCGCCAUGUGGAUGUCCUUUCGAUAUUAUGAACAGAAGUUGACCGAGAAUACUCCUCAACUAGGUUAUUUCAUUGCUGGUGGUAUGGCAGGCGCCGUGUCCAGGACAGCCACUGCGCCAUUGGAUCGUCUCAAAGUGUAUCUCAUUGCGAAGACCGGAUCCGGAGCGGCCGCCGUCCAUACAGCCAAAAGUGGAGCGCCAGUCAAAGCCGCUGCAAAAGCCUCGAAAACCCUGGUUGAUGCAGUGAAGGAGUUGUGGAGGGCUGGAGGCAUUCGGAGUUUGUUCGCGGGUAUGUAUACUUCAGACGAGGAAGGAUCGCGCUGA